ACAAUAUCAUGCCAUCAACACAUUGAACUCUCUCUCUCUCUCUCUCUCUCUCUCUCUCCCCCCACCCCCCUUCCCAACCCCACCCACAUACAGACAAGUAGAUACGCGCACACAGAAGAAGAAAAGAUGGGGGUUUCAAUGCAGUCAAUCGCACUAGCGACGGUUCUGGCCGUCCUAACGACAUGGGCGUGGAGGGCGGUGAACUGGGUGUGGCUGAGGCCGAAGAGGCUCGAGAGGCUUCUGAGACAGCAAGGUCUCUCCGGCAAGUCCUACACCUUCCUGGUCGGCGACCUCAAGGAGAACUUGCGGAUGCUCAAGGAAGCCAAGUCCAAGCCCAUCGCCGUCUCCGAUGACAUCAAGCCUCGUCUCUUGCCUUUCUUGCAUCAAUCCUUCCAAACCUAUGGCAAAGACUCGUUCACAUGGAUGGGCCCAACACCAAGAGUGAACAUUACGAACCCGGAACAAAUAAAGGAGGUAUUCUCUAAGAUAUAUGACUAUCCCAAGCCAGCCUCCAAUCCCCUGGUGAAGUUGCUCGCUGAUGGACUCGCGAACCAUGAGGGCGAGAAAUGGGCUCGGCACCGGAAGAUUAUCAAUCCAGCAUUCCACAUGGAGAAGUUGAAGCUUAUGUUGCCCGCUUUUUACUUGAGUUGCACUGAAAUGGUCGACAGAUGGGAGAAAUCAGUAUUAGAGGAGAGAUCGUGUGAGGUUGACGCAUGGAUCGACCUUCAAAAUUUGACCCGUGACGUGAUCUCUCGGACAGCAUUUGGCAGUAGCUUUGAAGAAGGCAAAAGGAUCUUUGAACUUCAGGAGGAACAAGCCUUGCUCGCUAUUAAAGCCCUUCAAUCGGUCUACAUUCCCGGCUGGAGGUUUGUGCCCACUAAGAUGAACAGAAGGAUGAAGAACAUAAAUAAGGAAGUGCAGGCUGUGCUCAUGGACAUCAUCCGCAGAAGAGUGAAAGCAAUAAGGGCAGGUGACGCUGCUGGCGAUGAUCUGCUGGGGCUGUUGCUGGAGUCAAACAUGAAGGAGAAUGUCGGCAUGAGCCUUCACGAUGUGAUUGAGGAGUGCAAGCUUUUCUACUUCGCCGGACAAGAGACCACUUCGGUUUUGCUAGUAUGGACCAUGGUCUUGUUAAGCGUGCACCCAGAUUGGCAAGCCCGAGCUAGGGAGGAGGUCCUCAAAACCUUUGGAAGCAGAAAACCUGACUUUGACGGAUUGAGCCACCUCAAGAUUGUCACGAUGAUUUUGAAUGAGGUGCUAAGGCUCUACCCACCGGCAAUCGUUAUGGCACGGAAGGUUCCCAAGGAAACAAAACUGGGGAAGCUGACCUUACCCGCGGGAGUCCAGCUCUCAAUGUCGACUCUGCUCAUCCACCAUGAUAAAGAAUUGUGGGGCGAGGAUGCCGAGGAGUUUAAGCCAGAGAGGUUCGCCGAGGGAGUGUCCAAUGCCACCAAGAACCAAGUCUGCUUUUUCCCAUUUGGAUGGGGCCCUCGUACAUGCGUAGGCCAGAACUUUGCAAUGAUAGAGGCGAAGAUGGCGCUCGCCAUGAUACUUCAACAAUUCACAUUCGAGCUCUCUCCAUCUUAUGCGCAUGCCCCCCUCACUAUUUUCACCCUCCAGCCACAGUAUGGCGUUCAGGUCAUCUUGCACAAAGCAAACUGAAAAAGUUACAGAUCAGGAUGACAUGUAGUGUUGACAAAAACGUGCAUUGAAAUAAUGUCACACUACACCAUUUUCCAAGAUUAUGCAUUGCCUUUUUGUCUCCCUAAUGUAAUAAUAACCUAGGAUUAUCAGUGAUAGAUUGUGAUGGAAUCUUGCAUGAUGCAUAUAUAAUUGUGGAAUGAGUCGUAAAGGCAAAAUACAGAGACGAAAAGCAUUUUGGCCUGUUCAA